GUCCCGUCCCGGCCCGGCCCGUCCCGUCGGGAAUGAGGGCGUCGGGCGGAGCGGCGAUGGCGGUGUGGACGCGGGCGGGCAAAGCGGGGCUGGUGGAGCUGCUGCUGCGGGAGCGCUGGGUGCGGGUGGUGGCCGAGCUGAGCGGCGACAGGCUCAGCCUCACGGGCGACGCGGCGGCCUCCUGCUCCUCCUGCUCCUCCUGCCCCUCCUCCAACGGGCUCCCCAACGGCACCGGCCGCGGGGAGCCCGGGGAGCCCGGGGAGCCCGGGGAGCCCGACGAGGCCGGGGAGGCCGAGGCGGCGGGGCCCCCUCCGGGCUCGCCGCCCGUGCGGCGGGUGCGGGUGGUGAAGCAGGAGGCGGGCGGGCUGGGCAUCAGCAUCAAGGGCGGGCGGGAGAACGGGAUGCCCAUCCUCAUCUCCAAGAUCUUCCCGGGGCUGGCGGCCGAGCGCAGCCGGGCCCUGCGGCUGGGGGACGCCAUCCUGGCCGUCAACGGCACCGACCUGCGCCAGGCCACCCACGACCAGGCCGUGCAGGCGCUCAAGAGGGCCGGCAAGGACGUGCUCCUCGACGUGAAGUUCAUCAGGGAAGUGACACCGUACAUCAAGAAACCAUCAUUAGUAUCAGAUCUGCCAUGGGAAGGGACCUCCCCCCAGUCACCAAGCCUUAGUGGCAGUGAGGAUUCCGGCUCUCCGAAACACCAAAUCAGCAUCAAGGAUAAGAAAGUCAUCCCUCUAAAAAUGUGCUUUGCUGCCAGGAACCUAAGCAUGCCAGAUCUGGAAAACAGACUGAUAGAGCUUCAUUCACCUGAUGGCCGAAAUACUUUGAUCUUGCGCUGCAAGGAUACAGCCACCGCACACUCCUGGUUCAUUGCUAUCCACACGAACAUAAUGGCUCUCCUCCCACAGGUGUUGGCUGAGCUCAAUGGUAUGCUUGGGGCCAGUAGUGUCACGGCAGGCAGCAAGGAGGUCAAACACAUUGCUUGGCUGGCAGAACAGGCAAAACUAGAUGGAGGAAGGCAACAUUGGAGACCCGUCCUCAUGGCUGUGACAGAGAAAGACUUGCUGCUUUAUGACUGCAUGCCAUGGACAAGGGAUGCCUGGGCAUCACCAUGUCAUAGCUAUCCUCUCGUGGCUACAAGGUUGGUUCACUCUGGUUCCGGAUGUAGGUCACCUUCUCUUGGAUCGGACCUCACAUUUGCUACAAGAACGGGCUCUCGACAGGGUAUUGAAAUGCAUAUGUUCAGGGUGGAGACCCAUCGAGAUCUGUCCUCCUGGACCAGGAUACUUGUUCAGGGUUGCCAUGCUGCUGCAGAAUUGAUAAAGGAGGUCUCUCUAGGCUGCACAUUGAACAAUCAGGAGGUGAAGCUCACAGUCCAUUAUGAGACUGGUUUCACUAUCUCCAGAGAAGGUGGUGGCACUAUCAGUGUGCUUUUCCGCUACCCCUUUGAAAAACUGAAAAUGUCAGCGGAUGAUGGUAUCAGGAAUCUCUACUUGGACUUUGGUGGCCCCGAGGGAGAGCUGACAAUGGACCUGCACUCCUGUCCUAAGCCCAUCGUUUUUGUGUUGCACACUUUCCUGUCUGCCAAAGUUACUCGCAUGGGACUGCUUGUUUAAGAAGCAGAACACAGUAAGAGCCCUAAACAUCACACCUAGCAUCUCCAGUUCAAAAAUGACAAGCACAGAAGAAAUCCUUCGCUAUCUCCUGAAGCAUCAGUGCCUUGAUGAGGACCUACAGCUCUCUGCUGAACUAUAACUGUAUUCAAGGAAAAGCCUACAAAAUGCAAAAGCCAGGAAUUCCAGCUUGGAAUUUGGGAGGCAUGAAGAAACUACUUUGUGCAGAAAUGAGCUGCUGCCAGGUGUUCAGUUAUUUGAAUAUACUUUGAUUUCCCCCCUGGGGGGGUUGGUUUAUAGUUUUACUCUCUGAACACUGCCCCCUAUACAAGAGACUUCUCCCUUUCCUCUUCCUGAAAACCAAGGAUGGCAUAUAUUAGUUUCACACUGCAUUGACCACUUGACAUUGUCCUACAGCAAUUGAUGUAAUUGGGUUCACCCCCUGGGCUCAUAAGCAACAUCGUUUAAAAAUGUUUCAGGUAGCUCACAAGCUUUUUUGGAGCCUUUCACCUACUUUUUUUCACAUUAUAUGAAACCACGGGAGCUCACCAUCAAGACUUCCACUUUGGCUGGCUCUUACUCGAUCCCAUUGCUCCCACCAUAGCAGAUGCGUUUGCCCCCUUUUUACUAUUGGAUUGACUUGAGGCUUCGGUAUCUACAAAGGUUUUAAUGAGGCAUGCCCUGUGUUUUAGAUCAGCUGCCAGUUGAAAAAAGCUUGGAGAAUUUAGUGUUACAUGAAGAGACACUCAUUUUAAGGGUUGAUUUUUUUUUCUGGUUUAAUUCCAGUUGGGGGGCAUAAGGUUAGUUAUUUAUGGUUUGAAGCAGACUUAAA